AUGUUGUUUCUAAUAUCUUUGCUAUCAUUAUUCGCUAACAUAUUAUCGGUUGAGGCUGCUGAACUAACAGCACCAAUAUACUGUAACGCUACUUCUCAAUGUCCUGAGGAGUUUCCAUGUUGUUCUCAAUUCGGUCAAUGUGGUACAGGUCAAUACUGUAUCAACAACUGUAACCCAAAGUUCUCCUUCAGCAUCGAUUCCUGUGUUCCAAUGCCUGUCUGUAAGGACAGUUCCACCAAGUUUGACGACUACAGCUCUAAAGUAUUGAACGCCGACACUUACUUGAACAAUGCUUCUGCUGCUGACUGGACUUAUAGUGGUUACUUGGUCGACUACCCAGACGAAGACAGUAUGAUUUUGGCUAUGCCAAAGAACUCUGGUGGUUCUGUUUUGUCUACUACUAGAUAUAUGUGGUACGGUAAAGUCUCUGCUAGAUUAAAGUCUUCUCACUUGGGUGGUGUUGUCAGUUCCAUGAUUUUGUUCUCUAACGUUCAAGAUGAAAUCGAUAUCGAAUUUAUUGGUGCCGAUUUGAACACUGUCCAAACUAACUUCUACUGGGAAGGUACUUUGAACUACACCAACAGUGCUAACAUGACUACUUCCAACACUUUUGAAAACUACCACGACUACGAAAUCGACUGGCAUGAGGAUUACAUCACUUGGUCUAUUGACGGUGUUGUUGGCAGAACUCUGUACAAGAACCAGACUUACAAUGAAACUACUGGUAUUUAUGAAUUUCCUCAAACUCCAUCUAGAAUUCAAAUUUCCAUUUGGCCAGGUGGUAAUGCUACCAGUGCUCCAGGUACUAUUGCAUGGGCUGGUGGUGCUAUUAACUGGGAUGCUCCAGAUAUUCAAGACCCUGGUUACUACUAUAUGAUGGUUCAAGAGGCUAACAUUACUUGUUAUGACCCACCUGCCAAUGUCAAGAAGAAUGGUACUAAGUCAUACAUCUACACUAGUAACAAGGACUUUACCCAAGACAGUAUCAUGAUCUCUGAUAAAGAUUUUGUCUUGGAAAACAGUGCUUGGACUGGUUUAAAUUUAACCGAAGGAGCCAAGGCCAAACCAUCUGAAGCUAAGGCUUCAUCAAAGCUUUCUUCUAGCCACAAUUCCACUUCCUCUGCUUCUUCUACCUCUUUCCACAACUCUACUUCAUCCACCAUGCACCACAACUCUACUUUAACUUCUAUUACAUCUAAGUUCUCAAAUUCAACCAGUCAGUCUUCUACCAAGCAUGCAUCUACUACUUCUAAGACUAGUGAGCGUAAGUCUACUGCUAGCAAGACUGACCCAUCUACCCUUCAAACAACUACCAAGUCUUCUCAGUCUAGCUCUACCUCAACCAGUACUAUUAGAAAUCAAAAAGAUAGCAACACGGGUGCCAUUACAAAAUUGAAUGGUCUGUGUGCUAUCAUUGUUGCUAUACUAACUGCUUUGUUAGCUUAA